AUGGAGUUGGAAGGAAACUCUGAUAACGAUGGCACCCGCGUCAACUUAUCAAAUCUUGCACCGGUUGCACCGGAUCAAACCGGAGAAGGUUUACCUUACGCACCGGUAAACUUCCCUAAUCCCGGCGACAUUUGGCGGUGGAAAGCCGGCAAGAGAAUUUCGUCUAACGGUAACUAUCGGGACCGGUGGCUUUAUCUUCCUCGUCGUCUUGCUGCCUCUUACCGCGGCGGUGGAUUUCCAAGCAAGCUUGCGGCUGAACGCUACGUCAAAGAAUCGUUCCCUCAUGUUAAUAUUGCUGAUUUCUUCGCUUCCUUCACCUGGAGUAUUCCUUCUGGUCUUCCUGGCAACAUGAAUCCUGUAGCUGAUGGACUUCUUCAUCGUCUUCAUCGGUUAGAGUUAAAAGAGCAGACAGAAUCUGAUUUCGAAAUUGGUGGAUGCAAAGCUGGGAAUAAGGCGUGCAGCAGUUUGAUUUUGGAAGAAGAAAAAGAAAACUCACCAGUCACACCAUGUGAUAUCUGUUGCGUUGAACCUAAAUUUUGCCGGGAAUGUUGCUGCAUUCUCUGUUACAAAAGAGUUGAUUCAGCUUAUGGUAGCUAUAGUUACAUCAUGUGCAAAGUAAAACUAGGCGAUAAUAUUUGUGGCCAUGUGUGUCAUCUGGAAUGCGCUCUUCGAUCUUAUUCGGCUGGCACUGUUGGAGGAACAAUUGGAUUGGAUGCUGAGUAUUUUUGUUGGCGCUGUGAUGGGAGGACUGAACUGAUUUCUCAUGCAGAUAAGCUUCUACAGACAUGUGAAGCUAUUGAUACAGAUGAUGAUGUUAAGGAAAAAAUUCUAAAGCUUGGUAUUUGCCUCCUGCAUGGUUCAGAAAAAGUCGCUGCAAAGGAGCUUCUGAGCCGUAUUACAUUGGCCGUGUCAAAGCUUAAAAAUGGGACUAAUACUGAAGAUAUCCUGAACGAUGACAAUCAUACAGCUAAUUCUUCAGGUUCUUCAGGUAACGGCAAUGCUGCAAUGGAUACUACAGACGAUGAAGGUCCUUCUAAGCAUCUAAAUGCUCAAAAAGGAACACAAUCUUUUCGUUAUCAAUCCGAGUUAUUAAAGCUAGAUGCUGAGUUUGAUAAGGCUAUGGAGGAUCUUGAAAAAUCCCAGAAGUAUGAAUAUAAGCUGGCAGAGGAAAGUCUUCAUACGCAUAAGAAAUAUUUACUAAAUAUUUCACAGCAACUGGAUAAAGAGAAAUCCGAGUUAGCAAGCGAAUCCGACACAUCUUGUUCGAGUGUCUUGCUUCAAACUGUCGAGAAAAGAAAUGAACAGCUAAGGCAGGAACUGAAAAAGUUUGAAGAAAUGAAGAAGGUAGCUAAUGGUUUUGGCAGCACAUCCAAAGAAAUUUUAGAAAUGCACUUUGGCUUGUAA